UUCCUUAUUUGAAUGAUCUUAAGGGGGAAUGGAAAAGAGAAUUCUAUUGAUUUGAUAAUUGUUUGGGCUGUGUAAUCAGGUGUGGCAUAAGGGCAUUCACCGCAGCUUAGAUGAAAACUGCUGAAUGUUUAAAGAUACAAGGCAUUGGUCACAGAAGCCAGUGCUGUAACCGAGGAGUCUGAUUAUGUUUUGUUCUGGUUUAUUGAUCAUCAUAUUUCUACUAAUCAAGGAACAAGGAGUGGCUUAAAGUUGUCCGUGUUUGCUAAAGCUUUGCUUCCCUAUAAAGCAAAAAACAAGGAAGGAAAUAACUGGCUAGGAGGAGACACGAUGUUUAGAGGAAGUUGCAGGAAGGAGAAAACGGUAUCAGUGAAGCUGUUUGGGUCCGUGCAGUCAAUCUCUCUGUUGUCCAGGUAGGCUGUGUAGGAGGUAAGUCAGCUCUUGGAAAGCAAUUGACUAGAACCUUGGAUUAGGGUUCCGGAAUUGCUUGGUGUAGUAUUUUGUUAGAAAUAUCCCAAUGGCAUUGCCUAGCAACAAGGUAGAGUAUAUUUAUGAUGCCAGAAGAAUCCAUAUAGGAACACCAGCAAGAAGUGCAAAUAGUCAUAGGGACAAACCCUUAUAUUUGGGGGAGGGGCCUCCUGAAUUGCGAGUAAGAUGAAACCAUGUGAUUGCACCAGAAAGCCAAACAAACAAGCAUCAAAAUGAAGAGGAGGUGGUAAACUGGCUCCCCUGAAACUUGAGUUGAAGCACUGUUUUGUCUCCUUGCAAGCCAGCUGAUGGCUUCCAGGUCAACAAAUAUGCCAGAUGAGUUCAAUAUAUAUUAUCUUCUCAAGAGUGCCUUUCCCUGGCAGACUUCGGAGGAGUCUAUGGAUGAAUCCAGAGAUGACACAAACCCACAGUAUCAAGGACUUACCGGCCUGCGUAAUUUAGGCAAUACAUGUUAUAUGAAUGCUGUAAUACAGUGCCUUUGCAGUGUAUCCCCAUUGGUGGAAUAUUUCCUCUCUGGAAAAUAUAUAGCAUCACUAGACAAGGAGAAUGGAGAGAUUGCAACAGCUUUUGCCUAUUUGAUGAAUGACAUGUGGCUUGGGGACUUCGACUGCGUCUCUCCAGAGGUCUUUAGAUUGGUCAUUGGUGAGCGAUACCCUACUUUCAUCAAGAAAACCCAGCAGGACGCUCAAGAGUUUCUGAUAUAUGUCUUGAAUGAACUACAUGAAGCUCUCAAAAAGACAAGUAAGAAAAAAAAUCAGGGAAACUCAUCAACUGCUUGGGAAUCCAGGAGUUGCCUCGGCGAAUCCUCCAUUAUCACCCGACUUUUUGAAGGACAUCUUAGCUAUGACAUCAUGUGUUUGGAAUGUCAAACCACUACUUACAAAAAUGAGAUCUUCACUGUGCUCUCUCUACCGAUACCUUAUGAAACGGAAUGCUCACUUGAGGAAUGUCUUGAUUGCUUCUUUCAGCAGGACGUGCUGACUUGGAACAACCAGAUCAACUGCUCCUGCUGUGGGACAAAGACAGAUGCUGCAGUGAAAGCCAGCAUAGCUAAAUCACCCAAGAUGAUCAUCUUCCACUUAAAGAGAUUUGAUUGUCAAGGCAGUUACAAAAAGAAACUUAAAACUGACAUCUACUAUCCAUUAAUUAACCUGGAUUUGUCUCCUUAUAUAUAUCCACUUUUUCGAAAAAAUCCAAAAUACAACUUAUUUGCAGUAGUGAACCAUUUUGGAGAUCUGGAUGGUGGCCAUUACACUGCAUUCUGCAGACACACACUCACCCAAAACUGGUACAACUUUGACGAUUCCCAGAUCAACGAGAUCCCAGAAUCUUCUGUACAAACAUCUGCUGCCUACCUUCUGUUUUACAGCAGUCAAGCUUUCUCCGUGCCUGUAAAAAACCAAAAUGUCUAGGGAGAGCCGAGUAGUAGAUUCCAAUGGCCCAGUCAAGAUUGGCCCACACUUUGGCUGUCAUUCGAAAACAGCUGCCCGUUUCCUGUGCAUCUUUGGACUAUACUGAUGGAGUGACUUAGAAGCUGGUCCUUCCAUGCCACCUUCAGUGAAAAGAAUGCUAAUCGGUGAGCCUUGCACAGAUGGCGCACAACACCUGCAGUUAAAUAAAUUCUUCUUGGGCAGCCAGAGUUGAGUGUUGAUUAUUGGUGCAGAAUCCACUGAGAACUAGAUGCUUCCUUCUGCGGAUUACAUUUUUGAGUGGAUUAUACACUGCUGGCUGAAGGUUAUAAGAGUUUGGCAGUCUUUCAAAUACAAAAUUAUGUAUAUUAUUUAAUAAACCGUAACCACUUCCUCUCAAAUUGUUCUGGAGUAAAGGUUAGUUAUGAAAUGUUUCCCCAUGUUCCAAAAUCCAUGCUGCUUUAAACAAAAUAUUCAAACAGUCCUGGGUUCUGUAUUUGCUCUCAUCUAUUCUACCCUUCCUGAAAUAAUCCCAAGAGCCAAAUGUAUUAAAUUGCAAAGCAAGAAAUAUUUAUCAGGCCACUGCAUUUUGAAACAAUUGUGUAAGAUUUUUUUUUUUUUUUAAAGACACGAAUACAGGAUACUCUUAUAGUAAA